UCAAACCGUAGGGACUAGCCGAACCAAUUUGCUGAAGACCGAAACAACUCAGCUCCAAACGCCCUGCAGAACUGAAACUCUUCUCAUUCUCUCUCUCUCUCUCUCUCUCUUCCACAGAAAAUGGCGAUUUCGACACUUCAAAAGCUCACUUCCCAAAUUCAUCGUCUCCCGUCACUUUCCUCCCACAUCCUCAUCCGAUCCUCUGCCACCUUAUCCUCCUCCUCCUCCUCCAAAAAAGUCGCAGACCGGAUCGUCAAGCUCUUCGCUAUCGACCCGGAAGGCCAGAAGCGUGAGGUAGUGGGCCUAGCGGGACAGACCUUACUUCGGGCCUUGACUAACGGCGGGCUGAUCGACCCGGCCUCUCACCGCCUCGAGGAGAUCGACGCUUGCUCCGCCGAAUGCGAGGUCAACAUCGCCCAGGAAUGGCUCGAGAAGCUUCCACCUCGUACCUACGAUGAGGAAUACGUGUUGGUAAGGAAUUCGAGGGGUCGUAUCUUGAACAAGCAUUCCAGGCUUGGGUGUCAGGUCGUGCUAACGCCUCAGCUCCAAGGUAUGAUUGUCGCUGUCCCCGAGCCUAAGCCCUGGGAUAUUCCAUAAAAACUUAUUCAAAAAGAGAAAUGAGGGAAUGUUUAGUGUAUUCCUGUUGUUUUGUGGAAAUAAUAAUAAUAAUUUUGGUACUUUGAAAGAAGAGGAUUUUAUUUGUGAUUUUUGUGCAUUGCUCCGCCCUUAUGAUUUGGGUGCGUUGAAAUUUAAAUGCAAGGUAUUUUAUGGAUUUUGAUUUUAUA